AUGUCACAGAAAGGAAAGAACCAACAGGUUUUAAAAACACAGUCGAUCGACACGGAUCUUUACGACUCUACAGGAGAAAACCCCUUAGAAAAAGAAGACACGGAAAAGACUCGAUCAAUCGCCAAGAAACAUUCAAAAAAAAAAAAGAGGGCAAGAGUUGAGCUUAGUGAUAAAAAGGAUGAAAUUGAAAGAAAAUUAGAAGCUUUGAUUGAGAAUGUCAGCAGUAACUUUGGUGACGCAAGCGAAUCGAUAACGAAGCCUAUAUUUGUUAUCGACACCUCGGCGUCUAUGCCAACUGCAUCAAUUAGCGAGCCCGAAACAAAAGAUGAAGCAGAAGACCCAACGGAAAGCGCCCAUCCAUCAGAAGGUAAUUCAGGAUUAUUUGGUCCUGUAAGCGCGUGGCACGAUUCUGACGAUGAGAAGGUAUACGUGUCAUUGAAAAGCAAAAAUAUGUUAAAAAAAUUAAGAAAGACCGAAGAAGAGAAUGUUAUACCCGGUGAUCAAUAUGAGAUGAGAUUGAGACACCAGUUUGAGAAAAUAUAUCCGGUACCAAAAUGGGCGACAAAGUCCCAAAAGCGAAAACGAAAACAGGAGAGUGAUUCGGAUGAUUCGACGGGUGAGGAAUCGUCCGGUGAAGAAGCUUCGGGCGGAAAACACGAUGGUGGUGGUCAAGACUCGAUGCAGAUAAUUGAAAUACCAAAAGUAGCUCGGUCAAAGCUACUGCCCGUGGAUAAACUUGAAAUCAGUAAAGUGAAAGAUGCGAACCUACAGGCGUACUCACAAUGUGUCGUUCAAGUAGCUACAUUCCAUCCAAAUGCACGAGUAAUCAUGACUGCGGGGUUGGAUAAAACUAUCCGAUUAUUUCAGGUCGAUGGCAAAAUAAAUCCAAAGAUCCAAUCCGUAGUUUUAAAAGAUCUCCCAAUAUAUCGUGCAUCAUUUAAUUCAAGUGGCACAGAGAUAAUUGCUACCGGUAGAAAAAAACAUUUUUACAUCUUUGACAUCGAGGCUGGUAGCAUUGACAGAUCUAGCGGCAUAACAGGGUUCGAUUAUAAAUCGUUGGAAAAUUUUUCGAUAUCGCCGUGCGGAAAAUACAUCUGUUUUCUCGGUUCAAACGGAAAUAUGAUAUUGGUGAGUUAUCAUACCAAACAAUUCGUGGCCAGCAUGAAAAUGAACGGAACAGUGAAUUCAGCGCAUUGGUCAAGCGAUGGAAAGUAUUUGUUCUCAAUUGGCAAAGAUGCCGAGGUGUAUCAAUGGGAUGUUGGAGCUCGAAGAUGCGUGCACAAAUUUCAGGACCAUGGUGGGUUUAGACCAAGUAUUAUUUCAGUUGCCAAAGAUAACCGUUAUUUUGCUAUCGGGUCGAAUUCCGGAAUCGUGAACGUCUAUGACGACACAUGUUUAAAUAUGGUCGAUCCGAAGCCUUUAAAGUCGAUAAUGAACUUAACAACCAAUAUACAUGAUAUGAAGUUCAAUCAUGAUACUCAAUUGCUUGGUAUCUCGAGUCAUUCCAAAAAAGGACAACUGAGAAUGAUCCACCUUCCCUCACUCACUACAUUUCAAAAUUGGCCAAACGUAUCAACGCCUUUGCGUUACGUGCAGUGCUUCGACUUUUCACCGUCUAGCGGAUACCUUGCUAUUGGUAAUGACAAGGGAAAGGUGCUUUUGUACAGGUUAGGGCAUUAUGGUGUGGCAUAG